GGUUCUGGAACAUCAAAGGGGAGCAUAUUUUAGAGCAGAAAAAUGGCGAAAGACAAGAAUUCAUCUUCAACUUCUGGGACAACCAAAGAAGGCAUGACAGACAAAGCAUUAAAAGGGAUGGGAAGCCUCCUCAAGCUUCUACCUACUGGGACUGUCUUCUUGUUUCGAUUCCUAAAUCCAGUCUUCACCGACAACGGACGUUGUCCUCACACCAUCAACAAAUACCUAACCGGUAUUCUCCUUGUUUUCUGUGGCUUCUCCUGCUUCUUCUCAACUUUUACAGAUAGUUACACGGGCAGUGAUGGGUUGGUUCAUUAUGGGAUUGCAACCAUUAAUGGGUUCUGGCCAUCACCAGCAUCAGAGAAAGUGAAUUUAUCGUCUUACAAGCUUAGAUUCCGAGACUUUGUGCAUGCAUUCUGGACACUGAUUGUGUUUGCAGUGGUUUCGCUAUUGGACACAAACACCGUAAACUGCUACUAUCCAUCGUUCGAGUCUGCUCAGAAGGUGUUGGUAAUGCUUUUGCCUCCCUUGGUUGGUUUCUUUGCCAGUGCAGUGUUCUUCAUCUUCCGCAACAAACGUCACGGGAUUGGGUACCCUGCAAGCUAG